AUGACUGAAGAAGAUCUCUACUACAAUCCAACAUUUAUUAUCGUUUUAAUUGAUAUUUGUAGAUCGGAAUUAUUGCCAACUAGUACUGAUGAGUCUAAAUGGCUCAAAUCUGACAUAAAUCAAUUGAAAGAUGAACUUAUACGUUUACGUACCGAUGCUAGCAAUAAAUCAUUAUCGAUGGAAUCAACUGUUGCAAUUUUACAAAAUCGAAUCGAACAAAUUGAUAAUCGUUUCGAUAGAAUGAUAACAGAAAUGAUAUCAUUUCACGAUGCACUCAAUUGGAUGAUGAGAGCUAUGGCACGUACCAACAUGGACAGAGAUCCUCCAUUAAUUGUACAAAAGCCACGUAAGCUUGAUUCACACCUAUGAAUUGAAUAGAUACUCAAUAAUAGAAUGAAUAAAUCUACGAUAAUUCAAAAAGUUUCAUUUCUAGGCAUACUUAAUGUCUGAUAGCAUCGAUAUCGAGCUAUGGUGAGCAGCUAGGCAGAUACUCAUAGUGAUAAUGCUACGUAUUUGAUAUCGACUGUUCUUUUGAGAAGUUUGGGACUUUCGUAUAAAAAGAUUGUGAAUAAAUGCAAUUCAAAAUUACUAGGUUUCUUCUUUAUUUCGGACUCUUCAAGAAGGUUCGACAAAGAAACAAGAAAAUUAGCAAACAUCAACUGGAUACCUGGUAAUUUCGAAUUGGAUUUAUUCAUAAUGCUUUCAUACAAAAGUCUCGAACCUUUAAAAAGAACAAUCGAUAUCAAAUACGUAAUAGUGUCACUAUGAAUACCUGUCCAGCUGCUCACUACAACCCAAUACUCGAUAGCAUCGGUAUGGUGCAUGCCUAUACACUUCAGAAUUUCCACCAGAUUGAUGAUGUUCAAGUCAUUCUCGUUUGGAGGAUAAAAACUAAUGACAACUAUAGCAAAUAAAAUUUCAAUAAAAUUAGAUUCGAUUGAUGGAUUAAAGUAUUAGAAGAUUCUGCAAUAUCUAUUUUUUUUUAAUUUAAUAUUCUUAUAUAAUAUCUUUAUUAGGAACAUCUGUAUCCAAUCAAGAACGAUCAGAGCCAUCUGAAAACGUUCAGCGAAACCGAAAAACGAGCACAUCACUUCUAACUUUUCAACAAACACAGAAGAGUAAACAAGUAUUCCGGACAAACGAUACUUAUAUCAAUAUAUCGCAAGAAUCGAACAAUCAGGAUGAUAUUUGAACUUUUUUUCGCUACUCAUUCCCUAUUCGAUUGCGAACUUUAACUUGCUUGUAUUCAAAUUUAUCGAGAAGAUGAAUUCAAAAUUGAGGCAAAAUUGAAGAAAAGCUAAAAAUGACUUAAAUCGAAACUAAUGAGUUUGGAUUCUGAUGGCUGCCUUAGUGAUUGAAGCAUCCAAUAUUUUCUCUUGGUAUUUUAUGGUGGGAUCACUCCACUUCAGGUUUAUAUCCAUGCGCAAAUGCUGCGAUCUACUGGCUCAAAAAUUAGGGUGCGGGUGGGGAUUGGGUGUGGGUGGGUGUGGGUGUGGGGUGUGGGUGUGGGUG